AUGGCAACUUUGGAAAGGACUGAUAGAGGAAAAUUUGGCCGAUGCGGAAAGUCCUGUGGAGCAGGAAUCCGAAACAAUUUGCUUUUAGUGUUACUUAUCACUGCUGCAGUUGUUGGUCUUGUGAUCGGAGUACUUGUCAAUCCUCCAGUAAAUCGAAUAAAAGACCCCGAAAAGAAGGCGUCAACAAUCAUGCUCUUGUCCUUUCCGGGCGAACUGUUGCUAAAUAUGCUGCGAAUGAUCAUCCUUCCACUGGUCAUAGCCAGUCUCAUUACAGCCGUAGCAGGACUGAACGCUGCAGAAGCGGGUAAAAUUGGCCGUCGAACAUUAAUUUAUUAUUUGUCAACCAUGGUCAUGGCAGCGCUUUUAGGUGUGUUAUUGGCUUUGACCAUUAAGCCUGGCAAAGAAGAUAAGCCUGGAAAGGGUGGACCAUCUUUUAAGAAAAUGGAAUAUAGAAACUUGGAUUCUAUUCUGGACGUGAUAAGAAACUGUUUUCCAAGUAACUUAAUAGAGGCCACUGUAAAGCAGGUAUGUACAUGCAUAGAAAUGUACAAUGUUACAGGCUCCAACUUAACCCUUGCCUCAAAUGAGAAAAUUACUUCAACAUUUCAUAAUGGUUCAGAAAUAAUCUCAACAGUAUCAAAGCAGAUCUAUCCUGGUUCAAACACAGUCCCGGCAGGAAUGAAGUCGGAUGAUGGAGUGAAUCUUCUUGGCCUGACCGUGUUCUCCAUUAUCUUUGGCAUUGUGAUAGGAAAACUUGGCCCUAAAGGGAAACCACUUGUUGAAUUUUUCUCGACAUUGAACGAUGCUGUGUUGAUGCUGGUCACUUUGAUUAUGUGGUAUUCGCCAAUUGGUGUUUGCAGUUUGAUUGCCGCACGAGUGGCAAGAAUGGAUGAUAUCUUGGGGUCAAUGCAGAAACUUGGCAUGUUUAUCGUCACAGACACUAUUGGCUUAAUUAUCCACACCCUGGUUGUCCUACCGAUCAUUUAUUUCGCUUUUACGAGGAAGAAUCCAUAUACCUUUAUCAAAGGCCUGAGAGACGCACUAAUGACUGCACUUGGUAUUGCUUCCAGCGCUGCAACGCUCCCCACCACUAUGCGAUGUGUUGAAGAGAACAACGGAAUAGAUCCACGCAUAAGUCGAUUUAUGCUACCACUUGGGGCCACCAUCAACAUGGACGGUUCUGCUCUCAACCGACCAGUUUUACUGAUAUUUGUGGCCCAGUUAAACGACAUAGAUUUAAGUCCGGGAAAAAUUGUCACAAUAUGUGUAAUUUCUGUGUUGCUGGCGGUGGGAGCUGCUGGGAUUCCAGCAACAGCUGUGACCACAAUAAUUGCCUUGCAAGCUGUGAAUCUGCCUCUUCAUGACCUAGGACUUAUUCUUGCGGUUGAGUGGUUGCUGGACCGUUUCAUCACUGUUGUCAACGUCAUGGGGGAUGCCAUGGGAACGGGCAUUGUACAACAUUUAUCCCGUGACGAGUUGGACGAAAUUGACGAGAAAAAUAACAAUCCAACUGGAAAAAUUUUGAAGGAGAGGUUUGCUAAAAGUGACGGUCCUGAUUCUCAUGUGGCGACAUCUGGCGUUUGAAUGACACACUUCAUACACUU